AGACUCUUCCAAAAAAUGUAAAUAGAAAGAAGGGAUUUGAAAUAAUUACUUAGAUAUUAUUGUCUAAUAGGUGAGAUUUUUUUAAAGUAGUAUGUUUAAGACACAGAUGUUUUGUUUGAUUCAUUGGCAGUUUGUGUAUUGGAUGUGAGAGCAAAACUACUGAAUUGAAGAACACUUAAGGUGUUGUCUGUAGUGUGCAGUGAUGUGUAAUAUAAAACAAGAUAUAUAAACCCCAUCCCCCUCCCCCCCCUUUUCUCCUCUGCAGUGGAGAAUUCUAGUAAAGUAAUUGCUUCAUAUAAAUUUACCAUUAGGGCAUAUGGGAGUGGUCAGCCUCGUGGGUCUAAUAACAGUGUUCACAUGCUUGUGUCUUAAAGGUCUGUUCUAUUAUGAAUAUACUUACAAUUAAUAAAAUUAGUCUCCAAUUGAACGUGAAUAGGGUUGUGAUUGUACGUUUGCAUCAUAAUCAAUUUAUGACACUGAGCUGAGGUGUUCAUUUGUUAGGAAUGCAGCUUUCCAGACCUGGCAGAAGGCAACCCCAAAUUUCCAUAAUUUUUCUAUAAAUCAUGGAAAGGAAUGCAUGUGUUCUGUGUAGUGAAUCUAACAAGAAAGUGGAGGAAAAAUGGUACUGGGGUUGGAAUUUUAAAUAAUGUUCAGCUGAAAGACUUGUUAAGAAAAUGCUCCAGUAACAGGAGAAAAUCAAUAGAAAAAAAGCACUAUGAAAAAUUAACUUUUAAAAAAAAUCAAAUAGUUAAAGUUGAUGGAUGAUGACUCGCCUUGAUGGCACUGUGUUUGGAUUAUGUCUUGACCUGGUAUUCUCUCUCAUUUGUCACCAAAAAUGAAGGUGGCCGCAGUCUUUCAAUGUACUUUGUUACUUACCUAAGUCAAUACAAAAAAAUAAUUUAUGUGUUUGUCUGCCAGGGCAUCUCUUCCAGAAAACUGGAAUUUUGGAUUGUUGGCAUGUGGCAUGUGUGGUGUUUUUAUUUUGUCAGGGGAGGAAGGGGGGCAGGACAGGGAGGCAAUGUUCUAUGGUUUGAUUCAUGUUAAUCUUGAUUUCAUGUUGUUGUGUUUGAGUCUUUCUACCCUUCAAAGUUGCAGGAGUUCCACAGCUCAUGUCUAAUAGUCUAGGUAACAUUUUAAUUAUUUUUUCUUUUUUUUUUUACUCAAGUAGCACAUUGAAAUGUUUACGUAGAUUUUAAAAACUGCAGUUCCUGACAUGACUUACACAGCCAGUAGUACUGGAUAAUGUUAGUUUUGCCACACUUUUUCUACACAUAGCAAACAAUAAAAACACCCUUUGGCUUAUUUUAGUCUCUUUCAACAGCUGAUGCCUGUAUUUAAAACAUGAAAUUCCAUAACUGUUGUUAUUCGUGUGGUGUCCGUGAAUUACUUUUAUAAGUUUUAAUUGAUGCUCUUUUUUUUUUCCUCACAGACCUGUCUUAGGGGAUAGACCCAUUUCCUGCAGAUGUGGGUGAAUAGGGGAUCCACAUCUUGACGGUUACACAAUGUCCUCUAUUAAGGAGAAGCUUGGUUGUGACAGAGAGUCUUUGAUUGGGCUAGCUAUUCUUCUGGGUUGUGAUUAUCUUCCAAAGGGUGUUCCAGGGGUUGGGAAGGAACAAGCUUUAAAGUUAAUUGGGACUUUGCGAGGUCAAAACUUAUUGCAAAGGUUUGAGCAAUGGAAAGAAGAAUUUCAGUAUGAUAAUAAUCCACCUUUAGUUGUUAAAAGGGUAAUUCACUGUUCUGAGUGCCAUCAUCCAGGAUCUUACAAGGAACAUGAGCACAGUGGAUGUAAAUUCUGUGAAAGCACUAGAUACUGCAAACCCAAUGACUCCAAGUACUGCUGCCCUUGUGAAUGGCAUCAGUUAGAGCGAGUGAAACAAGCAAGUGCAGUGGAGGACAGUAUCAGAAAAAAAGCUAACAGUUGUGAGGGCUUUCCGUUCUCUCAGGUUAUCCAAGAAUUUCUUGUAAACAAGAAUAAAUUAAUCAACAUAAAGGAAUGUCAAAGGCCGAAUUUAUUGUCCUUUCAGGUAUUUGCUUCUGAGAAGAUGGAAUGGAACAAACAUUAUGCUUGUAAGAAACUGUUAGUACUACUGACACAUUAUGAUAUGAUCCAGAGAAAAUAUGGAUACAUUGAUUCAAAACAAAUGCAGGCAAUACGGAUAGUCAAGACACGUGUUAAAAACAGAAUUCCUUGCUUUGAAAUUGAGUGGCAAAAACCAGAACAUUAUGUUGAUGCAGAAGAUGAGCCUGCAGAGCUGUUUGUAGUCACAGUAGAAGAGGAGUCUUUGUUUCAGGCUGCUUAUCCUGAUAUUGUUGCUCUUUAUCAAGUGGAAAAGUCAGAAGUUACGAAGAAGAAACAGAAAAACAGAAAAGACCGACCAAAAGAAAAGGAAUCAUCAAACGCUUGUGAUGAAGUUACCAAUCUUCUGUCUCAAAUGAAUUUAAAAACCAGAUGUGGAAUUCUUCCUGUGCAGUAUUCCACGUUGGAUAUAAAAACUCCCCCAGAAGAUCAGAUACACCAGGGAAGUACUGAAUCAAAAGAUCUAGUGCUAGCUGCAGCUUCCAGCAUAACUACUGUUCAAAAGCCAGCAUCAGCAGCUGUUCUUCCUCUAACUGCAUCACCUUACUCGCUCUUAAAGAGUACGGUGGUUGACUCAUCUGUAUUGCCAGCACAAUUUACUAAAAGUUCAGGGAUGUCAUCAGUUUCCUCUGUAACAGCUGGUCUACAGCUUAGCAGUGUUGAUUGGGAAGGAACCUUCUUCAACACUUCACCAGCUCAUGGGGGUGAUACCCAUGACCCAGCAAGUGACUUAAGUACACGCAUAAAAUACUCGCAUCCACUGGCUCAUGAAACAGUGAGAAAUAGGUCAGAAUAUUCUGAUGCUAUGCAGUCUGAUCGGCAUCAUCUGGAUAGCGCAGAUGAUUUCAUUUCAGAUGAUGCUAUGGGACAACUUCAGAAGUGGUCUUUAACUGAGCGAAUACUUAAGAAGACUUCCAUGCCAUCAAAGCCUUUGUUGUCUGCAGAUGUAAUGCAACUGGAGCCUUUGAAAUGUUUUAAACAAACAGAACAAACAUUGAAUCUUGAUGAAGUUUUCAUCUCCUCCUCAUGUCAGUUAAAUAAAGUAGUGCAGGAAAGUAAAAAUGUGCUAUCAGAAAACCACACAAGGGAUUCCAGUGUACGCAUUUAUCAAGAUCAGUACAAAAAGGCUGACAGCCUGGCUGGAGUGGUGCAAAAAGGCCAUAAUAUAAGCAGUUCAGCAUCUCUAGGCCUCAGUGGGCGAACAACAGAGAUACUUCAUCCUGGGUGUGAAAUGCUUCAAGUAUCUCAAAAGCCAGCAGAUGUUUUAACUGGCUGUCACAUUGAAAAAGCUUGUAUUCAAACUUCUUGGAAAACUUCUUUUAAGAAGAGUGUGUGUCAGAACAGGUGUUCUUCUAGUGAAGACAGUGAUGAUGAGAACAUCAAUAAAAAUCAGAUUUAUGAGCAGCAGAAAAGGCAACUGAGCCAUGGUCAGUUUAAAAACUGUUAUACAAAGAAAAGGAGUAACAACAUUUCUGGAAAAAGAACAAACAGUGACUCAGCCCUUAUAAUUGAAGGGAAGAAGAAACCAACUACUUCAAAAAAAGACGGUAAUAGUUUCUCAUUGCAGGUACCUCCAAAACCAUCCUCUGUAAGGGAUGUUAAUUGUUUCCAAAGUCCAGAGCAACCAUUUGAGAGGUCAAGUUCUGGUCCCACACAGCAAGCCAAAGGUGCUGUUCUGUCUUAUGCAUGGGCAGACAGUCCCCUUCCCCUGUCUGAAAGACUAAAAGGAAGAAUCCAAAUCAAUUAGGUUCUCCAUAAAAUAAUCAUGGUAACAAUGAACUCUUAAUCUUCAGUUCUUACAGAGUUCUUUCUCAAAGCUUCUGCAGUAUGAUCUGUCCAUUUUAAGUGGGCACAGGUUUGAUGAGUAAGAAGUGCUAUGAAAUACCACAUACUGGACCUAAAGUUUGAAACAAAAAUGUUAGCAGAAGUCCAGAUAGCUGAUUAUAGGCAAGUACCAGUUAUUCUGGACUUGAUUACAUUCUGAACUUGAUACAGAAGCAUCAACAUAUUGUGUACAAGGGAGCAGGGAGGUUUAUUUACAAAAUAAGGGAUUUUCCUCUGCCAGUUGUGAGGAUUUUGUGUACAGCUAUUAGUCCUUCUGCUUAUAAAACAGACUUACUAAAAUAGUGCCUGCACUGCUGUUGGAUAUUCUUAAUAAGACAAAGUGAUAACAGCUCUUUCCAACUGAGAUUCUCCAUUCUGCUCCACUAACUUAAUUUUGCUGGUUUUAAAAUGGGUUUUGAAAUCCUGGGAUGCUGGUUGUAUUGAUUAUCUCUGAAGGACCAGAUAGAGACACACAGCAGACGUACCUUGCAGGGUAACUAAAUUUUUAUCUACCAUGCCCUGUAACAAACUGUCUUUUGAGUGUGUGUGUCUUCCAAAGAAUGGAAUAAGCCAUGUAAGAAUAUUCUCGGUUUGUAGCUGUCAUAUCUAAUAUCUAAGGAAAUUUUAUGGCUGUUUUAAUCAAACAAACAUUUAUAGUUUGGGGCGUCUUUUUCUUUAAGAAGAUGUGAAAUCCCAUCUAACACUUACUCCUACUUAUACUAGAAUGAAGGGUAAGUUACAGAAAAUCAAAAUCUAAUGAUGAUAUUGCAGAUUCCGUGAAUAAUAUGUACGUUUGGUUUAAAAGGGGGAAAUUGAAUACAAUUACAAUUUUGAAGGUGGUGUUCUUGCCUCUUUAAUAUAGAAGCAAUCUCUGUUCAUACACAAAAAAACUGGUCUUCAACAGCUUAUUAGAAAAUGCCUUCUUGCCUGUGCUUAUGUGCUCAUAACUUUUUCUGUGGACCAACCGGAAGGAAGGCCACUCUUACCAAGAUAUAAUGUUAACAACAGAAAUUUAGAAUAUCCAUGCCUUAAUGAAAAUGUUAAUUGUUUCUUCAUAAAGGCCAAGGCUUUAAAAGUUGGGAAGCUAAAUUCCAGAUGUGCUUAAGGAAGGUAUAAGUAGCCUAUAGAUAAACUACCAUUUUGGCUAAUUAUGGAUUGUAUUCUUAUUUCCUCUGUGGGCAGAUGGAGAAAGUUCAUAGUUUAUUUUCCAAAUGAGAAAUGUAUUAUGGAAAUGAGAAAAAAAUCCAAGGUAUUUGGAACUUAUUUUCAGUUUUGAAGAUGGUCUCUCUGUUCUGGAGACUCUUAACCACCCAGAUGGUGUGAGAGGGUAGCUAGAAGAACAGAGUUUCAAAGGAGAGUAGGAGUAGCAGUCACCUUGGGACUGUAAAUGGAGAGAGAUUCUUUAUACAGGGGUCAGUAGUGGAAAGAUCAGACCAUUGUUUUGUGAAAAAACAUUGUUCUUGGUUAUGUAUGAUUCUGUUCUUUGCUCCUGAUUUUGAAUACUGAAAGCUGGAAUCAAGAGUUUGAAUUUUCUUUAAUAAAAAUACCAACAUUGUGUGAAUGAC